UCCAAAAGGAGUAGAACAAAUUUUCCAUAUAACUCCCGUAACAACGAUAAAAUAAAAGAUAAUUUAUAGAACUUCUGUCCGUGACAAUGUUUUGUGUGAAGUCGGGGCUAGUUAUUGUUUGUCUGUUUGUCGUUGGAGUGGAUUCCUACUGGUACCAGUAUUUGGGCAGUGGACCCUUCUUUAACAAAAACUGGAAACCACACCGCAGAAGUCUAACUUGUGCUGAAACAGAUGAACAAUGUGGACAUACAACCCAGUGCUGUGACCCAAAGAAUGUGUGUUUGAAGGACCGAGAGCAAUCGGUAUUAAUAGGUCGGGAUAUUGGGAUUUGCAAAAACAUUGAAAAGCUGAAGCCCGAUCCAGAAUUUCUCAAACCACUAGGGGCGAAGUGUUCCGAUAGUACGGAGUGUGGAGCUGGUCUCUGCUGCAGGGGCAUCUUCCGUUUUCGAUAUGGCAAGGUUUAUCGGUGUGAGAAAAGUGAUAGCCCAUUUAUGUGUAUUUCAAAUGAUGCGUUCGAGUAUUAAAUAAACUUAUGCUAAGUUCUUGUUUAAUAACUUUUGUUCAAAUUUAACACAUACCUACUCAUUAAGUGAUAUUCCACCAAGUGACAAGACCAUACCUAUGUUUCAGUAUAAACAUUUCCAUUGAAUUAUGCAAGCUGUAAAAUAAAUAUAAGCUUUGCUACACU